CAGCCUGGAGAGGAACAGAAGGAGGAACUCACCUUACAACACAAACAACCAAUACUCGUCCCAACAGAACACCACCAACCGGGGGGAUGGGAGACAAGAUCUGUGGCCACAAGCUUUAAGGGCCAGGCGGAGAAGACCAGGCAGAGGAGAAAGUGAAAGUAGCACGAAAUUGGCGGUUGACAGGAAACAUGUUGGGUUGUCAGUUUCCAGCACACAGCUCCGCACAUGUGACACAGCUGGAUACUGCUUCAGACAGCCAGCACUGUAGAGAAGACUCUUGGGUGUUUUUGUGGUGGUUAUUUUAGCAUGGCUCCUCAGGCAGACAGCACAUUCCCAGGCCUUGGAAAGGGCUGCGAGUUGAACUAGGCCUUCUUUGGAACGGUAGCUAACUGGUCUCUUGCAUAUGAAGGCCCGCUGUGAUGACACCAUAGAGCUCACACACGUGUUCAGCAUGGCCACUGCAGUUCAGCAGACUGAGAACAUCUGGGAGGAUGCAAGCAAGCAUGAUGAUGACAGUUUGCAGCUGGCAGAUCCAUCAGCUUUUCCAGCGGUAAUUGUGGAGCAAAUGCCACACGCCCACCUCCUCAACUACUCAGGGCUGACUUGUGAGCAGUCACUCUCAGGUGGUCACCUAGGAACAAGUCUGGAGCAAGAGAGUGUCGAGGACAUGCCACAGCUGACAGUGGAAGGAUAUCACAGUGGUAAUGAAGAUACCAUGGAAACGGCAGAGGCGGCUGAAGCCUUGCUCAAUAUAGACUCAUCAGGUCCUUUGUCCCAAGAUGAAAAACAUCUUUCCCAUAUAUUGUUUACUUCUCCUCUUGGAGAGGGCACCCCAGUUAUGAUGGAUGGUAUUAUUGGACACCAACAGUGGGGCCAUCUUCCAAAAGAAGUAAUACCAGAUAACAAACCAAAAGCUAAAAGAGGUAGAAAACCCAAACGACCAAGAGCACAUUCCCCAAUGCCUGACAUCACUGUUAAAAAGAGCAAGGACAGCAAAGGAAGUACUUUGUACCUUUGGGAGUUCUUGAUUGCUUUGCUGCAGGACAGGAAUGCCUGUCCCAGGUAUAUCAAGUGGACCAAUCGGGAAAAGGGCAUAUUCAAGCUUGUGGACUCCAAGGCUGUGUCUCAGUUGUGGGGAAAACACAAAAACAAACCAGACAUGAACUAUGAAACCAUGGGAAGAGCUCUCCGAUACUACUAUCAGCGUGGUAUCCUGAAUAAAGUUGAAGGUCAGAGACUGGUGUAUCAGUUUGCAACAAUGCCAAAGAACAUCGUAUACAUAGAUGAUAAUGAUGAUGAUGAUGGCUGUAAUGGUAAUGACUGCAGCUUUCAAAAUGAGGAGGACGACGAAGACCCCUCUAGUGACCGAUCUGUUAAAGAGCUGAUAUCCUUAAACCACAUGCCUUCGUCACAGUCAAAACUCUUUGCCUCAACCAAAGCUCCGAGCAGCAAAGGUCGUCGGGCAGUAAACGGUAACCAGCGCAGUGUAGCAGUACAUUCCAGCGAGGUGAUGGGCACCACCAGGGCCACUCGGCCCUUGGGCCUCAUUCAGCAGCAGCACCUCCCCAUCGUUUCUGCCGAGAUGCUCAGGACUCUCCAGAAUGUCCAGUCCAUCCAGCCAGGCCAACACGGGUCAGUCUUCCGCACUGCCCAGCUGCUGGAGAGUCUCCGUGAGAAACAGGACACCAUGGAGGGCCAACAGGAGCCGCUGGAGGGCCAGGCUGGGGAAGGAGAGACGGAUGUCCAGGCCACCCAGAUUGUCACACUGCAGUUAGUGCCGUUAGCAUCCGACGAUCAAGGGAUGGAUGGGUCAGUAAUGACCUCUCCUCAGUUCAUCAUGCAGACCAUUCCUGACUCACAGGAGGUGACCCUUGUUGUGCAGAAUGUUGCAUUAGAUGAAUCCCUGCCACAAUCUUGCCAAGAAGGACCCACCCACUGUGAGGUGGCUACCUCAGGGUCGACUGGCGGAGACAACACUUCGGUAGUGACGUUUGUUGAGGGAAAGCACCAGCUGGUGUCGCAGCCUUCUGGAACCGUUAUCCAUUCUGUGGUCACUGCGACUGAAUCGAAACAGAUCUCGGGUCAAGCAGAGCCCAAAGAACUACCUGACACCAUGGUGCUCUGUAGAGGUCUCAAUGGCUCCCAACAUGUGCACCAGAGUGCAGAUGUGGCUAUGAAGGGCACCUCUGAAAUGAAGAUGGAGCCCCUAAGUGUUGUCAUCAUUAAUGACUCUUGGGUUGGUUACACUUCCAGCAAUGAGUCUUCAGGCUAAACUCAGGCUAGAUCUGGAAUUAAUCAUCCUUUGUCCAACACCGUAAAGCCUUACACCCCACAUUCCCUUGGGACUUGCACAUGCACUGGAAUUUACAGGCACUCCUUUUCCUUUUCUUGCCAUUUGUUUGCACCAGUUUGCCUUGCUAUGCUAUGGCUUCUUUUAGGUAGGCAUAGGAUUCUUAUUCAGCUUUUUUUCUAAACUUGAAUCCUCCCUCACAUAAGUGCCCUAAUGCAUCAUACUGCAAUGUUAUGCCUCAGGGUUGUACUCUGACACAAUUGAUAAUGUCAGUAAUGUCGCCAUGAAAUGGAAGGCCAAUCUCUCUAGAGUGAUUCAUCAUAGAUGGAUUAUAAUAUUCCUGUUUAGCCCUUAAAAGCUAACUGCAGCUACUGUAUAUGAUCCACAGGAGAGAUAGGAAGGACUUUGAGACCUCAGAUGCACAGAAAGGUUGUAUGUUAAGACGUGUGUUUUGCUACCAACCUCAUUACUAAAACAUAACAUUUACUGGUCUUUAUUAUCUUCCUUUAUUCUAUAUUAGUGAUACUGAAUGUCACGUACGCCAUCUUGGUAAACUGCUUAAGGGGACACAAUCAUAUUGUGAUUAUAUCAUGAUUACAAUCACGUUCGCAUAUUGUUACAUACACCCAUUAAUUACAGAGCUCCUAGUCUUACCUGGACCAAAUAUAUGACAUAUCUAUGCAUAUUAACAAGGGAUGCUGUAUUUUUGAUGACCAAAUAAAUUUUGUUACUAGGAAAUUUCAUGGUUUAAAUUUGGUAAUGCUCUACUGAUUGUGUUGCAUUUAUCCCUUAUGUUUAGGUGUUUUUGUUUGUUUUGUUUUGUUUUUUUAUAAAUAUACCUGACCAAAAGGCACCAAAUAUUCAGGUCGUACAAAGUUCUGGCAGUCAUUUCAUGUUACUCUGUCUAGUAUGUACUAUAUAAUGUGUUCUUAGAAGCAGCUAACAAUAAACUGUAGCUUCUUCUAAGAUGGAUUAUAGGACCUGCUCAGUGACUGUCUUACUGUAACACAUAUUUAGUUAGAAGCAGGAUGCAGUCUGAUAUGAUUUUCAUAAAUGUGGCCUGUGUUAUAAUUUGCAAAUAAGGUUUUGUCAUUUAUACUGGAAAAAUUCAGAAACAAUGGAUGUGAGGGACAAAUCUAUUUUUGCCUUUUUACCCAAAAUUUUUGCUGUGCAUAUUUCAGCAUUGUUUACUAUAGCCUUUGUCUCAAUUUGCAUAAAAUUAUCCUACAUGGCUGAUCUUCACAACAGUUUCAAAUUUUAGGCACAAGAUAAUUAGCAUUCUGUGUAAUGUCAGUAUAAUUUGUUUCAUUUAGAAAUCUGACUACUUGGAAUGUUUAGUUUUCAUACUGACUGUGCAAUCCAUUUUAAUUCUACAUUUACCUUCUUAAAUGAGCUGUAUAUUUAAAAAAUACUCAAGUGAAGUGCAUUUGUUGAUUACAGUUUUAGACAGCAAGCUAUUAAAUGAACCUCUGACCGAAUAGACAUUCCUGUUUCUACAUUAAUUGUGAUACCAAGUCAGGCUGUUUUUAUUUUGUGUUACAUGCUAUAGUUCUGACAAUUGAAUUGGGGUUUAAUGUGA